CUUCUCCAUCUUUUCCCCCAGGCUUGGCCGCAUACCCACGGUAUAUUUUCGUCCUGCGAAGGUCCUGCCGUCCUUGUACACCCGCUUCUUCGUACUUUUGAAGCGCCCUCAUUGGUCAGUUCGUUGCUCAAGUAGCAUGACAUUGGACGUGGGAUCUCCUCUGCCUAAACAGGUGGUACAUGCCUCUGCGGCCUAUCCUGUCAAACUCUUGCCCCCGAUUCCUGCAGGACCCAGGUUUUCGGAGGAAGAGCACUUGUUGCUCCUCGAAGGAAUAACCCAAGAACUAUCGACCCUUCUACGCCUUCCUUUUGCCAUUUUCUGGAGCGCGGUUCUUCACCCACAAUACCCUGCCUAUUCAGUGUCGUGCUUUCUUGACGCUUAUUUUCGGUUGCGUCCGAAUGACCCAGCGCUGGCGCAAAAGGUCUUUUAUCUAAUAUGUCGUCUAACACUGGCACCAGAAGAAGCGGAAGCAGAGGAACGUCGGGAAGACGAGUUAGGAUCAGCCGAUGUGUCAGACGAUGCAAAGGAGGCUCUCGAGUGGAGCAUAGAUCUUUGGCCGGACAUAGUAUACACUAGCGGCCUCAUUACAUUGCCACGGCUGUUGGAAGUUGCGAGAGAGUUUGGCAAUGCGAACACACCGGUACUACGGCAUGCUUUCCAAACCGUUUUGCACGUACAGCAGAAGCUAUUAAAGGAUCUGAAUGUAGCGGUGGACAUGAUUGUAGGAUCUGUCCAUAUAUUUCAGAAAAAGUAUGGAAAGCUGUCCAAAAAUGCUGGGAAGGGCAAGGGAAAGGGAAAAGGCAAGUUUGAGGAAGAAGCGCCACAUUAUAGAACGGGGGCAAAUACGAGCAGUGAUGAUCCCAGGGUGGAUGCGGGAACUGUGAAUGGAGACGCCAUGCCAAUACAGAGUCCCUCAGCAUCGAUUGAGCAGACGUACGAUGCUGAUUUCCUGUAUGACGCCAUCCUAGACUUGCGCGCCUUCGUGUUGACAGGUGGAAGUACGGUCGCAAGGGUGGUUUUGUCGAACAAGGACUUUGUUCCCGCGUUGACCGACAUAUACCAGGUGGCCAACAUCUUUACAGGAGCUGAUAAUCACAAUAGCGACAUUACAGACGAUGGGAAAGCGUCAGGGAACUGGGAUUCAACAGCAAUCAUGGAUGUGGAAGGAGCGCUAUCCGAUAACGAUGUAGCCAUUGCCAGCCGUGCACGACGCUUGAAGGGUGCUGUCGUUGUGCUGCUGGAGGCUAUAAUACAAGUCGAGUUUCUAGAACCGAUGAAGCUGGUGCCUACAGAGCCAGUUGACCUCAAUCAAAUAUCCUUAGCAGACGUGCACAAGCGUGCGGAGUCCCUCUGUGAUCUCGUUAUGCAACUACUGGAAUUAUCACCUUUUGACGGGCCUGUCACAUUCCUGUGCUCGGCCCCGUUAUUGGUUGACCUAGAGGUAGACUUUGGUAUCUGCGAUCGGCUAAAACAAAUUCGGGAACGGUAUAUGAAAGACGAGUCUGACGCGCGAUUGGAUUACCUUGUCGUUUCCUUGGAACAUCUGUUGACCUUCAGUGCCAAUGCGGAGGUGAAGCGCGUUAUAGCAAAUCGGAAACGAAAGCGAGUACAACAGCGCAAGGGCGAGGAUAAAGUAGAUGAAGCUGUAAUUGACGGCGCAAACGAUGCAAAUUUAGACUCAGAAGCAAUCAACGAAGACUUUAUCAAACGCACGUUGCUUAUUUCGCAAAUCCAAGAUCUGUUUUCGGAUCUAGGUGAGGGCUUCAUAGAGGCCUGCUUGAUUGCUUUCAAUGACGAUGUCGAAAUGGUCAUAAUGAAGAUACUCGAAAAUGAUUUGCCUGAUUAUGUGACCAAACUAGAUCGCCAAAUGCCGAGAACCGCGCCGAUUACUGAACCUGUAAGCAGCGAAGCGGUGUCAUCCGCCAAUGCUUCAACGGAGGAAUCUAUUCCCAAUGAGGAGGUGCCAGAAGAACCUAGUCUUCUCGCCACGCGUCGUAAUGCCUUCGACGGUGAUGAAUUUGAUGUCUUCAGCCGUGGGCAUGUGGACUCUGAAAAAGUGAUCUUUGGAAAAAAGGAGAGGACCAACGGAGUACUGAAUGACAAGUCGUUUGUGCAGGAACAGCGGGAGGCCAUCCUGGCAGCUCAAUACGACGAUUACGACGACGAGUACGACGAUACAUAUGACGCAAGCGAGAUCAAACUGGCUGGCACCAUCGAGCUUCACCUCGUUGAUGAGGAAGAAGGGGUGGUUGAAGACGGAAGGCCACGGCAGGCAGUGCCAGUGGACGAACCAUCAGAUCCAUUUGCAAAGCAUGAAGCCGAGCUCGUAGCGAUAUACCAGAGUGAUCGACAAUUAUUUGAUAAAUCCCAGCGGAAAAGCCCAAAGAGACUCGAGCUGAGGAAACGAACUGGAUAUUCGGAUGAACAGCUGGAAGGCUGGUUCACCAUGUUUGAACGAAAUCCACGAAAGAACAGAAUUUUAGAAAAAUAUGCAUGGCGGGGUAACAGAGCUGGUGAUGUAGAGGAGGCGCGCGGUGCGCCAGAUCAGAUUCGAAGUCCGCAACAUGGAAAUGGUUCAUCAAACAACAUAGAUCGAGAGGAACGGGCAGGGCAAGGAGGAACAAGUACUGGAAAUCGGGGGAGCGCUGGCGAUUCUGUACAGGGAAAACGGGGUGCAGGUGUCGGGCGGGAUGGAACAGGGUUUCCCCAUGGCGCGCCCUUGGAACGACAACGGGCACGGAAGGAAAAGAACAAAGGGCGUGGGGCUAAUCAUAGCAGAAAAGACGGCCAUGCGAGAAAAUUGGGACGCGGCAUGGGUGGGCCGUUGUAAUUACUGAGAGUUGCAAGCACAAAGGAAGCGGAACGCAUCAACGCGCUUGUGUAUCCAUUUUGUAAAAUAUAAUCGCAAUCA